UCCUUCACAACCACAUGGACAUCAGUUAAACGCCGAAUCUAGACCAGCAUCUGCUCUGCGACCCAACAACAUGACUCGCACACGCCGACCCAUCGCUCUGUUUCUCAUGCUGUCUUCCCUGCAUUGGCUAGGAAGCUCUCUUGACCUUUCAAACCCAGCGGCUUCCAGCGAUGAAGAUCCUGCCGUCAACAGUAGAGAUGCUCCCAAGAGACCCGUCCUGCAGCCCAAAGAGACGGCCCCGCCUCAGUCCACCUACACACUCAAGAACCUUAAAGGACAAGUGUGUGUGCGGGCCCGUUUGGGAGGGGAGUAUGUGGUGAGAGAGAACAAAAAGAAGUACUAUUUCAACCUGGACCCCGGCUCCACACAAGCCUCGGGAUACUGUUUGAACCAAAAGUCUGUUCUCUCACUGAGUUUUGCUGGUGGAAAUCUGGAGUUCACUUUCAUCAAGGAAGGCAAUGUCUUCUAUGUGAAGAAGAUCACAGGUCUUCUGAUGCCUGUCCCCACUUGUAAAAAUUGCCAGAAUAAAACCUACAUUGGAAUCGUGGAUCACGAGAAGCUAUUCUUAGCAAAAAAUGGCCUGAGCUUCCAGUGCAAGUCUGAGACGACUCUGAUACUGUCCAGCAACCUCAGACUCAAACUGGUGCCGCUGCAGAUCCAGGCCUUCGACCUCGCCAGUGGAGCGUUCGGCAAAGAGGUUGAGUGCUGGGCGGAUUACAACAAACGUGUGAUCCCGAUUAUCCUGGGGGGUGUCGCUGCCGCCAUUUGCCUGAUCGCAAUCCUGACGUAUGUGCUGGUGCGAGAGCGCCGGGGCCAAGGCUACGAACAGCUCUAGGCGUGCAGAGUGGAGACCAAUCAGCAGAUUUCAUUGUUUUACAGUGUGUGGAUAUUGUCUGUAAACAAUUAAAAUACGAGUGACUUAA